CCUAUGACUAUAGCGUGCAGCAGCCGAUCGACACUGGCGCUGCUACUGCUGCACUACUACCACUUCUUCUCACGUCUUUGGCCUCGCCGAGCUUGAGAGUAUACCCAAUCACUCGCUCGGAGAGGGGACAAAGCACGCCACCUGUCGCCAGCUUCACUUGGUGUCGAUCGACCCAGCUCUUGUUCCGGGUCCAACGCUGUCCGUCGUCACCAUCGUCAAAGGGGUGGGAAAAUAAAAAGAAAAUAAAAAAGGGCUCGACGCCAAGCUCACAAAUUGAGCGUGGGGGAGAGGAGAGGAGAGGAGAGGAGAGGAGAGGAGAGGAGAGGAGAGGGAAGCGCUACAUUGCUGGCGCUGGCGACGUGGAGAAAUGGACGCCUUUGCCACAUAUGAUGCCGCUGCGUCCGAGCUCGACGACCCGUCCAAGUUCUGGGCAGAGGUCGACGACAUUCUCGAUCUUCCGGGCGCCUCCUCCUCCUCGGUCGCCAUCAAUGUCGACGAAACGCUCCUCCAGGCCAGGCUGACGAGCCUCCUGGCCCUCUGCGACACUUGCUUUGAGACCCACCUCGAGCAGCAGUACAACUCCGACUACCUCCUCUCUCGCCUCUUUGAUUCGCCACUCGCCACCCAUGCCUCCCCGCAUGUCAUCUCCACCUCGCUUCUCCACAUGGCCACGACGGCUCGGUCGCUCGCCGUGCUCUUGAUCCUCUACGACGGCAUCCUUCGGCACGGUGGGCGGUGUCCGGACGUCUAUCGGAUACCGCCCCAGGUCCACCAGCUCAUCCCUCGCCUUGUGCACCACUUUUGGGCCGCGCACUACACGGGGGAGGCCGGCAGCUCGAGCCACUCAAGAGGCUCGUCGUGGAACCUGAGGCCGGACGGCGAGGACAGUGGCGAGGCUGGCUGGGCAGGGGCCGACUUUGCAGGGGCGAAGUCUCGUGUGCAGAGGGACCGGGCAUUGCAAGCCAGGCUCAGGAACAAGGCGGCUCGCAUGCUGUACGAGGUAUGCAGGGUUCAGAGGCUCGAAGCAGUCGAUUUGAGGGCAAUCGAUGCUCGCUUCGUCAACCACCUCUUUGACCUCGUCGAGUCUUCGCGCAACUUUGACGACGACACCUACAACUACCAGCUGAUCAAGCUCAUCAUCGCCCUCAACGAACAGUUCAUGGUCUCAUCCCUCAGCACAGCAUCAACCGCGAACAAAUCCAAGUCCACCGGUUCGAGCCACUCCAACGUCGUACUGACGGUCCUACGAACGCGGCUGAAUGCCUCAAAAACCUUUGGAGAGAACCUUAUCUUCAUGCUCAACCGAGCAUCGAGCCUGGAUGCAGAAGACGUCUGCAUGCAGCUCCUUGUCCUCAAGCUCCUCUACCUCCUCUUCACCACCAAGGAGACGGCCCACUACUUCUAUACCAAUGACCUCCAAGUCCUCGUCGACGUCUUCAUUCGCGAGCUGCAUGACCUGCCCGAGGAGAGCGAGUCGCUUCGGCACACGUACCUCCGGGUGCUCCAUCCUCUCCUUACAAAUACCCAGCUGCUCACCUAUCCCUACAAGAGGCCAGAGAUCCGGCGGCUGCUUCUCUCGCUCAUCUCGCACGGCCAUCUGCGAGACAUCAGUCCAACGACGAAGCGCCUUGUCGAUCGGUGCCUUAAUGCGCAGUGGUGUCUGGACCUUGACGAAGUGCCUCGAUCCAAAAAGGAGCUCGCUUCUGAGAAGGGCGUCCACACGGGAGCAAACGAGGACAUUCAGACGCAUCGCUUCAUGGUACAGACUGUCGGAGGAGGACCACAAAUGAUCGUUUCGGCAGACACCCAACAGGACAGCCAGGGCAUCUCGAUACCCCUCGGACCAGAUCAUAAGGCCUACCAGGCCACGCCUGCGUCCACGGCCUCUACCCUUGCCGUUGCUGCUGCCCAGGCGCCUAUCGAGCAGCAGCUGACGGGCGAGCCAAGGCCAACGAGCGAGGCAGCCAGCAGUCGACUAACUGUGACGCCUGGACGCAAGCGUGUGUACUCACUCGGCGCGACAUCAGUUCGUGAUGCGCCACCUGGCGAGGCCGAUGCUGCCGCUGUCGCAGCUGCUAAUCCUGCUGGUCAGUACGGCGGAGGACAUCAUUCUCGGGGCCCGACGACAGACGACCAGGAGGAGAUGGGCGGCGCAACGCCGUCUAGAAGCGAGCUCCUCGCAUUGCGGAGACCCUCUGUGCGAAGAGAUCGAGGUCAAAGGGCAGUCUCGGCGCGCGAAGCGCCAAGGACGCCACCACGGCGAGACUCAGAUUCCGGGGCGGCUGCGCGUGGUGCUGCGGGCGGCUCGAAGAGUGGCCGCAAGGUGAUGCAGCACUCAGGAAGCUACAAGGACAGGCUUGCUGGAACCGAAGGGGAGGAAAAUGACGAGCUUGGGAGCGACGGGGGGUAUGAGGCAAUGCAAGGCAGCGGCGUCCUCUCUGCUGGUUCGUCGUGGCACGAGACCAUGGCUCCGUACCAUCCCGGUGGUGGCGACGGUCCCGGUGCCACAGCUGGAUUACCUGGAUCAACUCAAAACCAGCAAACAUCUACGUAUGUUCACCUGAUGAGCUCCAAUCCUCCUGAUGCCACCCGUGUUGGCUCGCCUCUGAGCCAGGAUUCGACCGACUACUAUACCAAUCUGGGCACGGGCAAUCACGACACGGCCCGUCCCCCUCCUCCUUCUCAGCAGUCGAUGAUCCAGCGUCCGGCGCUCCGUGUCCAAUCAGCUUCGAGCGAGGAAGUGCCAAGGUCGACAGAGUCCGAUCAUUUCGGCGCAAGGGCGCAGGGUGGCGGCAGCAGCAGCACCGAUACCAGCUCGACGUACCAGACCAGCCCGACGUCGUACAAUACCCCCUCGACGAGCCCUGGUCCUUCGCCUGCACUGAGCGCGACGAGGAACACUGUUCGACGACGGCCUCCGCCCGCUCCGCCUGCAUCUGACGCUUGUGGUAACGGGGCCGAUGGCAAGGGCAUCUCAGCUGCCGCUGCUGCUAUUGCAAAGCGCCGCCAGCUUCUCGUCUCUCCAUCGGACCCAAUGCUGCCCAUCAGGCGGACGACGUCGACGGAGAGUUUCCACGCCCAGGCUCGCCAUCAUCACACUGACACCUACUCCCAAGCACCGUCGACGUUGCCUUCGAGAGCCUCAUCCCCGGCAAGUGGCCACGGCAGCAGCAAUGCUUCUCCGCCAGGUAGCGCGGACCAUGCUUCUACCACCUCUUCUACACCUUCAACAUCGACGGCGCGGAGAAGACCGCCCCCUCCGCCCCCCAAUCGGGCGACCAAGAGCCGGCAGCAGCAGCAGCCCCAGUCGAUGGCGAGGGCAAUCUCUGGCAACCUUUCGUCAGACGGCGUUCCUGCCGUCAUGGCCAACGAGGCUGUUUACUCUCACCCAUCGUCUGCCUCAGAGGCCUACACGAGCCUCGGCAGUGCCGUGCAAGGACUCCGUCUGGAGGAGAAAACGGAAAACUACUGAUCGGAAUUCCGUUCAACCAUAUACAAAUUGUACCAUUACGCCUCCUUUCAUCAAUCACCCCAAUCACUGUC